AUGCAUGCCAUCACCCGGGCAUCCACUAUGCGGUCUAUGGAGACAAUCGAGGAGUCGUGGAAGGAUGGUGGAAAGGUCGCAGCAGGAACUGGCCAACAAACAGUAUCUUCCGUAUGGUACACACAUUCUCGCAAGAAAAUAGCCUCACUGCCCACACUAGAUAUGUUCCCAGUAAGGAGAACCCAGCUGACGGCCCUUCUCGUGGAGAAUAUGGCACGACGCAAGACCUCCUCCCUGCCAUCAACAUCCCCAAUCACCUCCAGCACUAUGUCGUCGAUUUCGACACACCUCAUACACCAACGGAACUCCGCCUUGCACGAGAAGGCAAAGCAGCCCUCGCCGCCCCCAGGAUCAGCCCAGCCACACGACUCCUCCAACGCCAAAGCACCUCAGAGGGCCAGAUCCUCCAUGAAGAAGAAAUCCUCGCCCACUUCCAAGCCAGCAACCAAGCGGCACCGCUUCUCUCCAGAGCACCAAAGCACAAAUGGAGGGCCAGUGCGUGACCACACACGGGCUCGAGCUUCACGAAAACCUGCGCCGUACCCUCCUGACCUCACACCAGUACCAUCCACACUCCGCCCACACGUCUUUGCUCGAGAACGGCUUACACGUUGGAGACCAACCACGGUCCGUACUGCCACUGACAACCAGGGCCAGCCCACCCAUCUCUCCGCUGAAGACCUGGCCCGCAUUCUCAAGGUAAUGGCCGGGGCGUGGGCGGAUGGGACUCUGGAAGUCUAUGGGACAGGCCUCCUCACCUGGCACGCCUUCUGUGACAAGAACAGAGUUAGUGAGGAUCAGAGGGCCCCAGCCUCACCCCUCCUCAUCGCCUCUCUCAUAGCCACCCUCUCAGGUGCUUUCUCUGGUGGCACCAUCGCCAACUACGUCUAUGGCAUCUGGGCAUGGCACAUCCUGCAUGGGGUCCCAUGGAAGAUGGUCGACCCUGAACUGGAGGCACUGCUCAAGGCCGCAGAAAAAGCAACCCCACCCACGUCAAAGAGGAAGAAACGCCAGCCAUACACAAAAGAUUUCAUGGUUGCUAUUCGCGGUCAGCUAGACCUCUCAACGCCCCUCCAUGCUGCCGUUUAUGCCUGCUUGACAACCACAUUCUGGUCAGCUGCCCGAGUUGGUGAGUUCACGGUCAAAAACCUGACAAGCUUCGACGCAAACAAACAUGUCAAACCCUCAAACGUUACAACCACAACAGACCAGAACGGCUUCGAAACAACCGAGUUCUUCAUCCCCUCCACAAAGUCUGAACCCACCAACGGAGAGACAGUCUCAUGGUCGAGACAGAACGGAGACACAGACCCGGAGACUGCAUUCCACAAUCACAUAGAUGUCAACUCACCGCCAAAUGGUGGCCACCUCUUUGCGUACAAAAAUGACGCAAUUGUCUCCCUGUUUGCGCGACAAUAUGACCAGAUACUCCAGCAAGAAAUGCCCAACCAUGAGCUCAAAUGCUACAAUCUCCCGUUCGGUGCCUUAGGCUUCAUUUCGCACGUUCUGACCUACUACACAAUCGCCUGUCUCUGGUACGGUCGCAAACCUCUCUGGCCCUUCAAGCCGAUUACCAACACAAAAACAGAUCUCAUCCUCGGCUUCGUCGGGAUUUCUGUCUGCAUUGUCAUGUCCGUCAUCACGAUGAUCAAAUGCAAGAAUACAUGGCAGCUGCUCGUCAUUGCGGUCUGGAAGUUGAGCAUGUCCCUGCUCAAUGGGCUUACCGGCCUCACGGUGGCAGUUAUGGUGGUCAAUCAGAAGGAAGGGGAGGUCCUGAAAUCGAAGGCGGCCAUGUGGUGGGUUUUACUCUAUGUCCCCGGCAUGAUGGCGGGCAUGACGGGCCUCAUGGACUUGGUCGUGAAAGUCGCGCCAUUUAUUCCGGAUAUCAUGAGACUCACUAUCGCCUUCUACCUAAUUGUCGGUGCUGGCCUCAUAGUCGGUAUCAUCGCCAUGAUCAUCAUCUGCUGGUGGGGAGGUGGUGCACCUGGAAAAGUUGCUGCAACGGGCACCGCUGUCACAUUAGGCCUAUUUCUUGUGCUCAGCGCUUUCUAUUCCGAUUGGUGUUUAGGAAUAAUGCUCGACAAUCUGAUAGGAACUCCUUCAUCAGACUCCUCCGCUUUCUAUUGGACAUAUUUCGUAGCAAAACGGUUAACGAUGUUUAGCUGGUAA